AUGACAAUGACAAAUAGACUCAGUUUCUUCAAGAACUGCAGCAAAGAUCAACCUUUGCCGUCAUCCUUGACAGAUGAACGGAUGGAAGUGGAUGAAGAAACUGUGGAUGACAAUGACACAGAAAAAAAUGCAGCCUAUCAGCUGAUAAAAAAAUUCUCAAAAGAGGUCCUUGUGAGAAUGAAACAGUACAGAGAUGAUUUGUUGGCGUCCUGUCUGACUCUCAUUUUGUCCUUGCCGAAGGAAGUCAUCGUUGAUCAAAUGGCAGACAUCAUUCCAGCAAUAAAG